AGAGCAACAACCUCAUCAUUCCUGGAUAUUUGGUGCGAGGGACAGUGAGCGAGCGCAGCGCGCAGGAAGAAUUCGCCUUUCGUUCACUGAGAGCAGAAGCGCGUGAGGCUGGGGAGCAGAGCGCGCGAAUGGUUUUCAAACUGUCGGGGGGAAAUGAACCGUUAACGGCCGUUGAAAUGAGGAGGCUUUCUCGAAAGCUGACUUUAGCUCUUGCGGCGCUGUUUUGGUUUGCCGCUUUGCUCUAUUUCAUUUUGCUGAAUAGUCGAAAAAUACUACCUGACCAAAGAAGCGAACAACCGCAAAUAAAGGAGAUCUCAGAUGCUGAGUGGGAUGACCUGUUGGAAGAAUUUGAAGAGAAAAGCUACCUCAGUGCUCACAAAUGGAAGCCAGGCCAAGACCCCUACAGCCUGUAUGCCUUCAAUCAAAGAGAGAGUGAGAGGAUACCCAGCAACAGAGCACUUAGAGACACACGACAUUACAGGUGUACAACACUGCACUAUGACCCUGACCUGCUGCCCACCACCAUUGUGAUCACGUUCCACAACGAAGCCAGAUCAACCCUACUGCGCACUGUUAGGAGUGUGUUGAAUCGGACCCCUGUGCAUCUAAUUCAUGAGAUCAUACUGGUGGACGACUUCAGCGAAGAUCCAAAUGACUGCCUUCUUCUCACCAAGUUGCCCAAAGUAAAGUGUCUUCGCAAUCGUCAUAGAGAAGGACUGAUCCGGUCCAGAGUUCGAGGGGCGGACGCUGCUGGAGCCAGGGUCCUGACCUUUUUGGACAGUCACUGUGAGGUCAACAAAGACUGGCUGCCUCCAUUGCUGCAGAGGGUGAAAGAGGACCCGACCUGUGUCGCCAGCCCUGUGAUUGACAUCAUAAAUAUGGACACGUUUGCCUAUGUUGCAGCUUCCUCAGACUUGCGAGGAGGCUUCGACUGGAGUCUACAUUUUAAAUGGGAGCAACUAUCAGCUGAAAAGCGAGCCAGGAGAGCUGACCCCACUGAGCCCAUUAAAACGCCCAUAAUUGCAGGAGGACUUUUUGUGAUUGACAGAUCGUGGUUCAAUCAUUUGGGGAAAUAUGACACUGCCAUGGACAUCUGGGGAGGAGAGAACUUUGAGAUCUCUUUCAGAGUAUGGAUGUGUGGAGGAAGUCUGGAAAUAGUUCCCUGUAGCAGGGUUGGCCACGUUUUCCGCAAGAAACAUCCCUACAUCUUCCCAGAGGGCAAUGCCAACACUUACAUAAAGAACACCAGAAGGACAGCUGAGGUUUGGAUGGAUGAGUUCAAACUGUUCUACUACUCAGCUCGACCGGCUGCAAGGGGGAAAUCAUACGGAGACAUUCACGGCAGGCAAGAGCUCCGAAAGAGUCUCAAGUGCAAAUCCUUCAAGUGGUAUCUGGACAAUGUCUAUCCAGAGCUCAAAGUCCCUGAUGAUUCAGAUGCCAAGUCUGGUGUGAUCCGACAGAGGCAGAACUGUCUAGAGUCUCGUAUAGUUGAAGGGCAGGAUCGCCCAAUGCUCACACUCGCAUCCUGCAUCGGCACCAAAGCAGUCAACCAGGAGUGGAUCUACACCCACGGACAGCAAAUUCGCCAGCAGCAACACUGUCUUUCCGUCUCCACCACUUUCCCUGCCUCCCAGAUCCUGCUCGUGUCCUGCAACAUCAGCGAUGGCAAACAGCGUUGGCAGAAAUCUGGCACUCACCUGGAGCAUCUGGCGUCUCGUUUCUGUGUGGACAGCGAGAUGGCUCUGGACGGCAUUGAGAGCAGUAAAAUGCUGGUGAUCAGCCCAUGUGAACUGUCAGCCCACACUCAGAGAUGGGAGAUGCCUUUCGCAUGAUUCUUCCUUCCUGACCUCUCUUCAACUUUCAGAGCUCAGCUGGAGUCAGAGAUAGAUAGAGAGGCAGAGAGAGAGAGAGAAAGAGCUCAGUGUGUACCUCCAGGAAAGGCUACAUCUGUGUCCUGCUGUUCUGCUAUGUCCACACCCUUUGUUUCUUCAGCACACCCCAGGAUCCCCAGAGUGUCAAUCACACCGAUGCUCUCCAGAACAGAGUUUGGCAGCUGGACCCAUAAAAAAUUGCGGGACAUACACACACCGAGUGAGAUGCUCACUCAUACUGGAGAACUACGCACAAUCUUGUUUUUCUUUGUAGCUUGAACUCACCCCAAUACAAAGCACUUGUGUGAUACAUCAUAAUACAAUAAAUGCCCUAUUUUUUCUUAA